AUGCAUGGACCAGGCAACUGGAGAACCCUUCCAAAGAAUGCAGAUGGUCAGCCAUCGCAGCUCGUUUGCCCGGAAGAACAGACAAUGAAAUCAAGAACUAUUGGAACACCCAUAUUAGAAAAAGGCUACUCCGAAUGGGUAUUGAUCCGGCUACUCCGAAUGGGUAUUGAUCCGGUGACUCAUAGUCCUCGUCUUGAUCUUCUAGACCUUUCAUCUUUACUCGGCUCAACUCAGCUUAAUCUUUCAAACUUACUCGGGCUUCAAGCACUUGUAAACCCAGACCUGAUGAGGCUUACAGCUCUUCUAGCAUCAAGCCAUGAAAACCCUGAUUUGAUAUUGCAGAAACUUCAAGAAAACCAAAUCUGCAAUACCCAAUUGCAAAACCAAAGCCAAAUGUUACAACCCAAUCAAUUUCAAGCUCUUUCCCAUGAAGUUCCUACUUGCAACCCUUCUAGUAGUGUUGCUAACUCAUCAUUUCUAAAUCAAACACUAAUGAUGCAAGGGAACAUGGGGCAAUUUUCGGAGAACACAGUGAACUUGAGUUGCGAAAAUUUCCAAGAAAAUUUGGCAUCUUCAGAUUUUACUGGAAAUUUUGUUACCCUACCAAAUUACUUCUAUUCCGAGACUGAUCAAAUCCUGAAAGAUGCAUCAGAAAACUCAACUUUCCAAACGUUGAACAAUAGCAGCAGCAGCAACAGUAGCCAGAAUUUCAGCUUUGAAUCAGUUAUAUCGACGCCAUUGUCAAGCCCAACGCCCUUGAAUUCGUCAUCCAAAUUCAUCAACAAUGCCAUUGAAGAUGAAAGGGAAAGCUACUGCAGCAACUUGAUGAAGUUUGAAAUCCCCGAAAGUUUAGACUUUGAUGAUUUUAUGUGA